CAAGAUUUUCUGAGCGACUCUAUCAGAACAUCUUCCUAUGCUACUGCGGAGCACCAGUCGCUGACGUAGCAGAGGCACCAGACAAACCAACAUCAUGGCGACAAACAGCAUAAAACUUCUCACCGGCAACAGCCACCCCCAGCUCGCCCGUCUCGUGGCUGACAGACUCGGGAUAGAAUUGACCAAAAUUCUGGUUCUCCAGUACUCCAAUCAGGAAACAUCUGUCACCAUUGGUGAAUCUGUGAGAGAUGAGGAUGUCUUCAUUCUCCAGUCCACGCCCCCGGGCGACAUCAACGAUGCCCUCAUGGAACUCCUCAUCAUGAUCAACGCCUGCAAGACCGCCUCUGCGCGCCGAAUCACCGCCGUCAUUCCCAAUUUCCCAUACGCACGCCAGGACAAGAAGGACAAGUCGCGUGCACCAAUCACGGCAAGGCUCAUGGCGAACAUGCUUCAGACCGCUGGUUGCAAUCACGUUAUCACUAUGGACUUGCAUGCUAGCCAGAUCCAGGGCUUCUUCCAUGUGCCUGUGGACAAUCUGUAUGCGGAACCUAGUACCCUCCGUUGGAUCCGAGAGAACUUGAAUGUCAAGGACUGCGUGAUCGUCAGUCCGGAUGCAGGAGGUGCUAAAAGGGCAACAUCAAUUGCAGACGGACUUGAUCUUGGUUUCGCCUUGAUCCACAAGGAGCGAGCAAGACCAAACGAGGUGUCCAAGAUGGUUCUCGUCGGAGACGUCAAGGACCGUACGGCGAUCAUCGUCGACGACAUGGCUGAUACCUGCGGUACGCUUGUCAAGGCAGCUGAUGUGGUAAUUCAGCAUGGCGCGAAGGAUGCUAUUGCCAUUGUCACCCACGGCAUUCUAAGCGGAAACGCCAUCGAAGCCCUGAAUGGCAGUAAACUGCAACGGAUCGUUGUCACCAACACUGUCCCCCAUGAGGAGAAGAAGGAGCGCUGCGACCGCAUCGAGACGAUCGACAUCAGUCCCACGCUCGCAGAGGCAUGUCGCCGAACUCACAAUGGCGAGAGCGUAUCUUUCCUCUUCAAGCAUGCUCCGGUGGACUAAUCUGAUAUCUCUCUCUCUUUCAAGCGUUGUAUAGAACCAAUGACCAUUGGGCUCGGUGUUUCAUGGCGUUGGUCUUUCCGAAUUUAAACAAAAAAUUAUCUCCUUCCAUUGGUUUCCCACGAAACACUGCGGGGUAGCAUCCAUCAUGCAGAGCACCAAAGCAUGGCGCAUGAAUGUUCCGAAACCAUAGACCCCUAUCCUAGCAUAGAACAGCUUCAAGCACUGCCGUUCACUCGGAGACUUGAAUGCUACUAUCCUUAAGCAUCCGCAUUAAUGCAAAACCGACAUUCCCCAUUUCAGAU